UCCUUCACUAACCCCGCCCAGCUCUCCGGCUCAGCUUUACAAAAGCAGCGAACGCACCGAACCUGACCGAGCUCAUCACCGAACCUGACCGAUCUCCUCGCUGGUGACUGCGCCGCCUGAACAGAAACGAUGGCGUUGACGAUAAGAGUUGAAUACUGUGGUUCGUGAGGGUACGAAUCCCGCUAUAAGGAUCUCGCCGGUGUUGUCAAGGCUGAGUUUCCUGAUGCGGAUCUGUCGAGCUUCAUGGGAAGAAAGGGCAGCUUUGAGAUUGUUGUCAAUGGGCAGCUAGUCUUCUCCAAAAUUGAGACUAGUGGCUUCCCUUAUGAGGAUGAUGUCAUGGCUGCAAUCCAGAAUGCCCAUGAUGGCAAACCUAUGCAGAAGAUCACCAAAAGCCGCCCACCAUGUGUCAUCAUGUAAAACCUCCCUCUGCAGCACAGAGACAGGCCAGUGCAACUGCAAACUGCCAAUAACACCUCUGGCUUAGCCCAACCUCUUUAAAACAAGGUGGCAUAAAACACUGUUUAGUACAAACUCCACAGAAAUGCACUAUUGCGGCUAGCUACAUUCUCUGAUGCUGAUCAGCGAACUCUGAUCUGACUUUUGUCUUCCCUCUCUGUUCCCAUGGUGGUGCUCCAGGCUUUUAAUGAUUGCCGUGGCCUCAACUUUUAAGGGGUUAUGGUAUGAUGAACCCAUUCCUGGUGGUGCUUUUUUUAUAGGAACAGAGACAGGGAGAUGAAGAGUUGGAGGGAGCUCACAUUUAUUUGACCACAGCCUUAUUGCCUAACAUACUCAAACUGCCUAUUCUUUUAUUUGUAAUUUUUUUUUAAGUCUUCAUUGAUCUCACUUGCAAGUAACAAUUUUCAGUGAGUGAAAGUACAGUACAACGUAGCUGCACUUAAUAUUUAAGCAUAAAGGGAGACUCUCAGUCACUGAGUUAAUGUGAGUUGAUAAUGAUUUCAGAUCAGUUUACUGUACAGGUUGUGAAUAGAGAAGCAAUGUCAAUUUGAUGUGAAACGGCAACGUUCAGUUUACAGGGGGGGUUUUUUCUCAACAAUUGGAACAUCAAACCUUCAAAUCCUCGCUUCAAAUCCAGUGCUGCCACUGUUUUGACAAUUUUUAAAAAUGUUUUAAUGUUAAGCUCCUGUUUAUUGAACUUGGUCAGGUACUCAAGCAAUCAUCUGUAGUGCUUCUGAAGACCACCACCCACUGGUCUGUCAGAUCAUACUGAGAUGUCUGCUUGUUGUCCACAAAUCAGCCUCCUCUGUUAACUCUGAUGUCCAAACUGUGUACAAUUUCAAUAAAGGUAAUGGUUGUUUCUUUA